CUCUCUCCCUCUUCUGCCUUCUCUUCUUCCGUCACUCUCCACUUCAUCCUCAUUUUCAUCUCUUGACUCCCCAAAACUCCCCUUACCUCCCAGCCAUACGACACCGGCAGCCCCAACCCCCUUGGUGGUUUCACUAUUUUCCCGCCUCCCGCAAUCAUCUCCCUAACCCGACCCUACUGCUCCGUAUUGCGGACUACCUAUUAUUAGCGUUGACCCUCCCACGAGUUCUAUCACCUCGUGCCCGACUUGGUUUUUCAAUCAAAAAAGAAAAAGAAAAAAAAGAAGAAGACCAGAAGGGACAGGGAAAGGAGAGAAAAAAAAAAAAAAAGAACACCAGAGUCCCGAGCUGACUCGACACAUGCAUUCCUCCUCUCGCUCCCAGCGCAGCCCGUCAGCCCAACACUUCUCAUCCGCCUCGGGCAGCAGUGUCGAUUCCACCAUGACCUCCUUAUCUUCUGCGCCACGCAGUUCCUCGAGUUCGGCCAGGUCGCAACCGUCGAGAAGUACCGUGCCCGAUAAACAAAUCUCGCAGAUCGAAAAGAGCGUCACCCACCUGCUGGUCGCGACGAAGCAGUUGCUCGAAACGUUGACCCAGUGGUCUCGGAGACAAGCGUCGGAGAAUGAUGUUUCGGAUAUCUACGUGCGCUUAGGCUACGAAUUUAACCUCGCCUGCCGUUCAUUCAACGCCAUCGGGGUCGAUACAUCCGACCUCGGCCCCGUCCCGGAUCUUCUCCGGAGCAUUCUCGAAGACACCCUGAGUCAGGACGCGUCCCCCCAAAGUCUGGACCGGUUCCUCCCCCGCAUCCGCGAUAUCAUCAUCAACCUGCUGCAUGGCCUUAAGAAGAAGCAGGCGCGUUUGCGCUCGCGGCAACAGAGGGAGGACGGUCGCCCGCUGCCCGGUCGCCAGGCCAGUGCGGGAAGUGGACAAGCCGCCAUGAACCAGGCCUAUGAGGAGACCGCUUCCACCGUGACGUCGCCAAAACGCUCCGUACGUCGCUAUGGGAGUAGUGGUUCUACAGAGGACUCGCCCGGGGCGGCCCGAACAUCGCCGACGGCCCAACUGGGUGAUCCGAGGGGAUCCAGCUAUUCGGAAAGGGAGGCGUUGAGGCGGGAGACCCAGAACAUUCUGUCGCAACCGUCUCCGCUCGAGAGCGAAUUUUCCGCCAAAGCAUCGACCCCCGGCAGUGUGUCCGGCUAUCCAACACCGCCGCCGCCGCCGCCCCCGAAACAAGACGAUGCGCUCGGUGCCUUGCAACGGAGUGGGGAGCUGGAAAGACGUGCGUCUCGGCGAUUUUCCGCGUAUCAGAUUCAGAAGCACCUCGGCACCUCCUCCAACGGGGUGCCCGUGCUUCCGACCCAGAAUUCUCCCAUCCCUAAUCGAGGUCGGGACGUGCGUGAAUCCCUCAACGCGGUGCGGCUCCGCGGCCCGACCACUCACGGGCGGCAGCGUUCAACCAACCGCGCCAAUGACGCUUCCAGCGCAAAAUCCGCACCACCACCACCACCAGCUCCGCCGGCCGUUCCCAGCGUCGACGCGACCGCGGUGAAAUCGCGGAAUGAUUCGGUCUCCGAGCUCCCGGCCAACGGUGUCCCCGUCGCCGACGACCAGCCUCAGCCGCGUCCGGGAGGUGAUGACGAGGGCAGUCCUUCCCUCAAGAAGGCACCAACCUUGCCUCGUCCCGAGGAGCCAUCCCUGGGCGAGGCGUUCGAGCCGACAAAGGAUAGCCCCCCAGAAUCAGGGGCUUCCCCGACAACCCCAAAGUCCGAGCAACGACGGCCUUCUACUGAAGCCUCCACCCCUCCGCCGAUAUCCCAAUUCCCGGCCGACCAGCCGUCUCCCGGCAAGGAACUCACCCUGUUUCUCCAGUACAAGAGCAAGAUCAAGAAGUACGUCCUUCCCGAAGGCUACAAUGGUUUGACCAUCGGCCGACUCCAGCUGGCCUUCAUCGAGAAGUUCAACUGGAACACGCACAGCAACGGAGCGGACCUCCCGGAGCUCUACGUCCAAGACCCGAUCUCCGGAAUCCGCCACGAACUAGAAGAUCUGAAUGAUGUUAAGGACCGGUCGGUCCUCGUGUUGAAUGUCGACAUGAUCGACGAAGUGAAGAAACACUUUGACGACGAGUUCGGCGGAGUGCGCCGCAUGAUCGAAACCAUCAAGGGCGCGCUGGAAGGCCAGGAGGGGAUGAUGCAACGAGUUUCGGACCGCCAACUGGAAGCCGCAAAGGAAAUGGCUCGUCUCGCUGCUACGCCGCCCGCGCCGGUGGCGGGCGCAGCGCCGGCGGGUGCAACGACGAAGCACCACCCCAUUACGGGCAGUGAUGGCCAGCUGGCGGAGCUGCAAAGCCUGCGACGGGACCUUGCUGUGCUGCGGCAGACUUAUUCAAGCUUCUCGUCUGACAUUGCUGGCUCGAUGAGCGCCAUCCGCACGAAGGCGAGCGGGAUCAAGUCCGUCGCGGCAGAUGUCGCCGUUCCCACCUUUGAAGGCGACGCGGGUCGUGCCCGCGUCAACUCGGGCAAGAAAGGGCUCGCCGAGGAGUCCGAGCGGCUGGUGGCCCGCGUGGAUGAUCUGCAGGAUCUCGUCGAGGACCUCCGUAAGGACGUGGUCACUCGUGGCGUGCGGCCGCUGCCCCGCCAGCUGGAGAGUGUCAGCAAAGACAUCAGUACCGUGACGAAGGAGAUUCGCAAGAUGCUCGACUUCCUGAAAAAGGAAAAGCCCGUCUGGACCAAAAUCUGGGAGAAAGAGCUACAGCUCGUUUGCGAGGAGCGCGACCAACUUACCAUGCAGGAAGAUCUCGCGGCCGACCUCGAGGACGACCUGGAGAAGGCAUCCCAGACCUUCGCGCUGGUCGAGCAGGCCACGAAGCAACAAGCCACGCAGAACAACACCACCCCCGGGCCGGGCGGCGUGGUCUUGCGCAGCACUUCCCGCAACGUGGUGAUCGACCCGGCUGUCGACCCCGUCAAGGCCAAAGACGGCGUCCUCGGAGAGGUACGCGCCCUGCAGCCCAACCACGAAUCCCGCCUGGAAGCCAUCGAGCGGGCGGAGAAGGCGCGCCAGAAGGAGCUCGAGAACCGCCGCAUCGGGCUCUUCCAGAAAGAACUGGGGACGUUUGUCGAGGAAGGCAAGCUGAAGAAGAGCGGCGGCGUGGAAGAGAUCGAAAGACUGCGGAAAACCAAGGAUGAUCGAAUCCGCAAAGAGGUCUGGGAGCGGCAGCAAGCCCGCGCGGUGGAGAUGGAGAAGAUCGCCGCUGAAAGGGCAGCUGCCAAAGCAGCGGCCGCACAGGCCGAGACGGACAAUCCGGCAUCUGGCGACGAGGCUGCCGAUGCGAAAGCCGACGAAGGUGACGACGGACCUGCAGAGAGCAAGGGCGACGACAAAGACGACACACGAGAGAAGACACCGACUCCUGAUGAGGCCGAAAAGAAAGAAGACGACAAGGAUGAGGAAUCCACGAAGAAAGACACCAACACUGCGGACUCUGAAUCUACGUGAUGCUUCUUCACUGGGGUGAUGUCUAUCAUUUUUUUCUAUUCUUGCCCGCUGCUCUCUUCUUCCUGAUCGUCUUUCCUAUGACUUGGUCCUCCACAUCUUGCAUAGACGAGAGCCUCUCAUUCAUCCUUAUAUUAUUACCCUUCGACUCAUUGUUUUCUCUCUCCGUUCCUUGUUUGACCUCCUGCCUUCCUCCGAUUCAACCCCAGUCAUAUUGUUAUUGCUAUUGUUCUUGUUCUUGUUCUUUUCAUUGUUAUUGUUGUUAUUCUGCUUUCGAUAUCCCCUUCUGUCCUAUUUUUUUUCCUGCCAACGAUACCCUGCCGCCUUAUGGCCUGUUAUGAUAACAUUGUGAUGACACCUUAGGGGGGUUUGUUCUUUUACCUUAUUUGAUUAUCUAUACCUAUAUCGUACCUAUCUAUCUGCUAGACAUUCA